UAGAGGCAGACGGGAGCUGCCGGUGCGGUACGCGGACCAACCCAGCCCGCGGGAGUCAGACUCGGGAGCGGCUAACGCCCCUCUCCAGCCACCAGCAGCUGCUGCAGCCUCCUCCACCCCGGGCGGCGCUUGGCAAGCCUGGCCCCCUCCCCGCCGCUUGCGAGGGCAGCAGGAGCUCGGAGCUGCAAACCUUCCUCUGCCAGCCGCCGCAUCUCCAGCCGAGCUCAUCCUCUCCAUCCUCAGGAUCCUUGGGCUGCCGGUGCUGCAACGCUCACCCCAGCCGGGCUCAGCUCCUGCAGCCUCCUCCGGAGACAGCCCGGAGCUGCCAACCCUCCCCGCACCAGCUGGGCUGAGUCGAGCUCCUGCGUCCUCCUCCCGUGGACCCAAAAAGCGAACUAAAAGCUUUGAAUGCAAGAAUGUGGCUUCAAGUUGUGCUACACCUUCUCUGAAAAGGGCUGUUACUAGCUGAAGUUGCUGCUGUUGGAGUUUGUUGUUGAACCCUCGUGUCUUGUCUCAAUACUCCACCAUUACAAUGAGCUUCUUCUCCUAUUUGGACCCCAGGAGGAUCCAGUGGGGUGCCACAUGGUACGCCAUGCACUCCAGGAUCCUACGCACCAAACCUGUGGAGUCAAUGCUGGAGGGCACAGGCACCACCACCUCUCAUGGGACCAAGCUGGCCCAGGUGCUCACAACAAUGGACCUGGUUUCCCUUGGAGUUGGAAGCUGUGUUGGCACUGGAAUGUAUGUAGUGUCUGGACUGGUUGCUAAGGAGAUGGCUGGGCCUGGAGUCAUUGUUUCCUUCAUCAUUGCAGCAGUUGCCUCCAUUUUGUCAGGUGUUUGUUAUGCUGAGUUCGGAGUGCGUGUCCCAAAAACCACAGGCUCUGCCUACACCUACAGCUAUGUGACAGUUGGGGAGUUUGUGGCAUUCUUCAUUGGCUGGAACCUGAUCCUGGAGUACCUGAUUGGCACAGCAGCUGGCGCAAGUGCCCUGAGCAGCAUGUUUGACUCCCUGGCAAAUCACACCAUCAGCCGCUGGAUGGUUGAGAGUGUUGGAACAUUAAAUGGACUGGGGAAUGGAGAGGAAUCAUAUCCAGAUCUUCUUGCUCUGGUUAUUGCUGUCAUUGUAACCAUCAUUGUGGCCAUGGGGGUGAAGAACUCUGUGGGAUUUAACAACGUGCUCAAUGCAAUUAACCUGGUAGUGUGGCUCUUCAUCAUGAUCGCGGGGCUUUUCUUUGUCAAUGGCAACAACUGGUCUGAAGGGCAGUUCUUGCCAUUUGGAUGGUCUGGGGUGCUAAAAGGUGCAGCUACUUGUUUCUAUGCGUUCAUUGGCUUUGACAUAAUCGCCACCACAGGAGAAGAAGCUAAGAGUCCCAACACCUCCAUUCCCUAUGCGAUCACGGCUUCUUUGGUCACAUGCCUGACAGCGUAUGUAUCUGUGAGUGUAAUCUUAACUCUGAUGGUGCCGUACUCCGCCAUUGAUUCUGAAUCCCCUUUGAUGGAAAUGUUUGUAGCCCACGGAUUCUAUACCGCUAAAUUCAUUGUUGCCAUUGGAUCUGUAGCAGGAUUGACAGUGAGCUUGCUGGGCUCCCUUUUCCCAAUGCCAAGAGUCAUUUAUGCCAUGGCUGGUGAUGGGCUGCUCUUCAGAUUCUUGUCCCAUGUGAGUUCUUACACGGAGACUCCAGUGGUGGCUUGUAUUGUCUCAGGAUUUCUAGCAGCACUGCUCUCCUUGCUGGUCAGCCUAAGGGACCUGAUAGAAAUGAUGUCCAUCGGCACACUCCUGGCCUACACUUUGGUCUCUGUUUGUGUCUUGCUUCUCCGAUACCAGCCAGAGAGUGACAUUGAUGGUUUUGUCAAAUUCCUCUCUGAGGAACACACCAAGAAGAAGGAAGGAAUUCUAGCGGACUGUGAGAAGGAGGUUUGCUCUCCAGGGAGCGAGGGGGAGGAGUUUGCUGGCCCACUCACCAACACGUGUGGUGCAAAAAAUCUGCCGUCGUUGGGUGACAAUGAGAUGCUCAUUGGGAAAGCAGAUAAACCCACCUACAACAUCAACCACCCCAACUAUGGCACAGUCGACAUGACCUCAGGAAUCGAGGCAGAUGAGUCUGAAAACAUUUAUCUCAUCAAGCUGAAGAAGUUAAUAGGGCCACGUUAUUACACAAUGAGGAUUCACCUGGGACUGCCAGGGAAAAUGGAUCGCCCGACUGCAGCUACUGGCCGCACUGUCACCACCUGUGUACUCCUGCUUUUCGUCCUGAUGUUCAUCUUCUGCUCUUUCAUCAUUUUUGGUGCAGACUAUAUCUAUGAUGAGAGCUGGUGGGCUAUUCUCCUGGUGAUUUUGAUGGUCCUGCUCAUCAUUGCAUUGGUAUUUGUGAUCUUGCAACAGCCAGAAAACCCCAAAAAGCUGCCAUAUAUGGCACCUUGUCUCCCUUUUGUCCCUGCAUUUGCCAUGUUGGUGAAUAUUUAUCUCAUGCUGAAACUCUCCACGAUCACAUGGGUCCGAUUUGCUGUCUGGUGUUUUGUGGGCUUGCUCAUUUACUUUGGCUACGGCAUGUGGAACAGCACACUUGAGAUCAGCGCCCGGGAAGAGGUCCUUCAUCAGAGCACAUACCAGCGCUAUGAUGUGGAUGUUGACCCAUUUUCAGUCGAAGAAGGCUUUUCCUACGCUAAUGAGAGUGACAACUACCAAGACUUGGAGCCUUCAGAAGACAAAGGAUUCUCUUACCAGCAGAUGUCGGAGGCAAAGGAAAGCAGUCGGACGAGUAGCAAAUCGAAAAGCAAAGGCAAACACAAACAGAACUUCGAGGCCCUGAUUGCAAAUGAUGAGCUUGACUACUCACCAGAAUAGGCAUAACACAAACAAAACCACAAUGCUAUUUCUCACUAACCUAACCCUUGGGUUAGAAUGUGAAGGCUUCUUUGGCUCUCAUUUUAAAUUCCAUCCUUCCUAAAAUUUCAGUGCCCAGAAUCACGUCACUUACUCACUCACUUUUUUACUCUUCAGGAUAGUUCUAUAAAAAAGUUUAUCCUGAAUUCUGAGAUUGUCACAUUGAACAAAACAAGCAAGUGACCCAUUUGGAGUCCACCAGCAUGGCCUAUCUUGGUGUAUGUUACCAAGUGGGCCAGCACAUGGAUGGAUUGGGUGACUGGAAGAUUCUUUCUAUGUCUAUUAAGCAUCCUAUUGACCUCUUUUGGCAGCACUGACAAUGUGAUUUAAAUGAGACAUGUGCCAAAUAGGGUGGGUUUCAUGUGAGCAGUUACAGGACCAGCUGAAUUGGUGGGGGCAUGAGAUAUAUUCUCUGUGCUUCCAGAGAGAAUAUUUACCCCGUGACUAUACUGGUGUGAAGCAACAUAUUUGGCAUUUUCUUAGCAAGCAUAUGUUUUCGUUGAACUUAUAGAAAGAAAACCUUUGCUAGCUAGGUGUAAGCAUACUGAAGCAGUAAAAUGUUUCCCAAGGGAAUCUCAGGAGUAGAUUGAAAGGAGAUCCAGGGAUCUUGGUCUCACAGAGCAACAUUUUCAUCCUUCAUUUCAGCACCAUGGAUCUCACUGCAAACACCAUGGCUAGGAAUGAGCCUGAACCAAACUUCCUGAAUCCAAACACUCCAAGCUUUGGGAUUAAAAUGCAAUCUUCAUGGCUUGCACCAUGCUCUAGGACAGACCAGAUCAAAACUUCAGAUCCCAGCACAUCUGAAUUUCUCAGAUCUGGAUCUAAGCUUUCUGGUUUGGGCCCAUCUUUAAUCAUGAUGAGGGUCACUCCUCAUCUAGGCUUAAUUCAUUCCUCUAUAAAUACUCCUAAAUAUCAAACUCCAUUUCUCUUGGUACCAUUGGUACCAAGGCUUAGACUCCAUUUCCAUCACUGUGUGUCUUCUACUGAUUCACUGAUCCAUAAUAAUUCCCGCUGGGCACAGUCCAGAUUGUCAUUCAGAUUU